AUGGCAUUCCCACAAGCAGAAACCUUAAGCUCCGGCCAGCACCUGUACGGCUCCCUCCAAGAGCUCUGGAAAAUCCAGACUUCCUCAUCUGCCGCAGUCCAUCCUGAACUACCACAAACCUCAAGUUCACGGCUCGAGUCCACUUCAAACGAAAAGACAAUCCUCUAUCUAGCCUACGGAUCCAAUCUCUCCGCCCAAACCUUCCUCGGAAACCGUGGCAUCAAACCCCUCUCCGCAAUAAACGCCCACAUCCCUUCUCUCUCCCUGACCUUCGACCUCCCCGGAAUCCCCUAUAUCGAGCCCUGCUUCGCCAACACACGGUACCGCGACACCAACGCCCCCCCUCCUACAAACGAUGACUACCACAAGGACCGCUGGCACAAAGGCCUCGUCGGCGUCGUCUACGAAGUCACACCCGAAGACUACCGCACAAUAAUAGCGACUGAGGGCGGAGGAGCAAGCUAUCAAGAUGUAAUCGUGCCCUGCUACACUCUCCCUCCGGGCCUCAAAACUGUCGACCCCGAACCCAAGGGCUCCCCAUUCAUGGCACACACCCUGUUCUCACCCCGCUCUUCAGACAACGGACGUCUACAGCGCCCCGAUCCAUCAUACGCGCAAGCGUCUGCACGUUACAUGAAGCUUAUUACGGACGGCGGGGAAGAACAUUCGUUGCCUGCUGAUUAUAUGGCAUUUCUAUAUGAUAUCCGCAGCUACACGAUUACGACAUAUAGGCAAAAGGCAGGGCAAGCGCUGUUUUUGGCAGUGUGGAGCCCUUUCUUAUUGGCGAUAUUAGGGUUGGGGCAGAAGCUUGCGGAUGGCGAUGGAAGAGUGCCGGUAUGGUUUGCGAAGGUGACUGCCUUGAUCUUUAUAGGGAUGUGGGGUAGCUAUGAUAUGUUGUAUAAGAAAGCGUUUGGGGAUGGAGAGAGGACUAUUGGUGAUAUGGAUGAGGAUGGGGAUGAGGAUGAGGAGAAUAGAAUAGGAAGACCUCAUAGACGGACCGGAAAGAUGCCAGAUGCUACACGACUUCUCAGCAAUACCUCCUCAUAA